AUGGACAAGGUAUCGCCUGUCAGGGGUCCCGGUCAAGCUCAGCACGCUCAGAUUGUGGUCAGCCAUAUCCUUGGCUACAACAAAUUGGGAUCUUCCGUGGACGACGCUGUGGGCUGGUGCAUUGACCCCUUGGUUAACGGAACGGUUGCAAAACUCCCUGGUGCAGGAUACAAUGCCUCUCUCACAAGAGACUGUGUUACACAACAACAAACUAAUGGAACCUUUACCAACUGUCCCCUGUUUACCAACAACGCCGACUUACUCAGUACUAUCGCAAGCGCAACCUCAACCUCCGAAGCCCAGAGACACCACUCGAAAUGGGAUUACUCGAGAUAUUCCUACAUUGGCCGUUCCUUUGGAGUCGGAGGCGGAGUGGGCCUCACCGACCAAGACAUUAUUGCCAUGAGAACUCCCACUUGGUACAACUACACCGAGAAAGGCUUCAUUACACGAACUAAGUGCAUUUACAACGAAUCUGCGGCGUACAGUAUCGAGACAAAGUCACCAUCUACCGGGGGGAACGGAUAUCCAGAUAUGUUUAUGGCCAAAGGCCUCCUUCCGAACUCGAACUGGACGGCGCCGCUCCAAUACAUGUACUACGCCCAGAUUGCAUGGGAAAACAAAGAGAAAGUAGUCGGCCUUUUCAACGGAGGGCCACGAAAGCCUGAGAACGACAAUGGGUAUUAUUUCGGCAUCGCCGCAGGCACGUACUAUCAUCAGUUGAACAACAUCCAGUGUGAACUCGACUUCGAACCGAAACACUUCACCGUUCACGUCUCCAUGCAAAACAACACCAUCAAUGUAACAUCACGCCCUGAGCCCGUGACCGGGCUUCUGGAUCCGGAUCAUUACCUCCGCUCGCAGGCAAUCGGCAGCAUAGGCCUAAGCUUCAUCGUCACCUCCCUAUAUACUAACACCGUCGGUGACGCCUUCAUGCGGAACGUCCGGAAUAUGCACACGCGCAAAUCACCGCUCGCACCCGUUGACAGUUUCUCAAACGAGACUAUCCUGGAAGCAGUGGAGGACUCAGUCUCCGCCAUGAUGGAUGACGCCCUUGUCGCUUUGAAUUCUUAUUUGUUGACGAGCCUAAACACAACACAGCCAGUAGAAUCACUGGUGGCGAUGCCGGCCGUUCGUAUUGGGACACGCAAGUUUAUCAUAGCUGGGAUGGUCGUCAAUGUGGCCGGAUUAGGUUUCGUAAUUGUGGCUUGUUUCUAUCUGGCGAGGUUAGAGGUUCCGGUCUUUGAUUAUAACGACAUAGGCUGCAUCGCUUUGAGCGCCACGAGGGAUGCAACGGGCGACGAAGCUGCGGAUGCUUGGGAUGGAGACCCAAAGAAUCAGAUUCUGGAAUCCUUGUUGGCAAAGCUGGAGGUCGAUUCCAUAGGGAGGCCUGUUAUGAUGCUGCACGACAAAGGUGGUGUGGCAGAAAGGUGA